CCCAGUCAACCGUCUCACACCGAUAUAGAACCCUGGACAUAUACAUUGACGAUACAACGACCAUAAUCUGUGACGACCUAACCAUCGCCGACCAGGAUGGCAACGAUCUCGACGGCCCUCCGCCAUUUCAAGGAGCCAACCAAGGAACAGUUAACUGAGAUAUUCUUCUCGAUCCCCCCUUCGAAGGAUAAGGACAAGGACAAGGGAGAGAAGGAUGGAGAGGAGCUUGAGAAGAUGGACAUUAACGCGGUGUUGACUGUAGCUGAGGCAGACGAGGAUUCCUAUGCAGGGAAACUGCAUAUCAUGCCGCCUUAUCUGGCGUUCACGUCUGUGGACCGCAAGAGUCUCCGGUUCACGAUCCCGCUGUCCACGAUUCGGAGGGUGGAACGACUGAAUGCGCGGGCGGGAGUCUACGCGCUAGCGUUGUUGACCUGGCAUGGCAUGAAGCUCGUCGUGCAACUUACAUCGUUGCGUCCUACGGCUGAUCUGUUCUGUGGACUAUUGCGGGAUGCGCUCAAGGUCGAACUCCAGAAGGGCCAGAUGAAGCUGGUCAAGUCCUUCGUCAAGACUUGCUACUCGGAGGUGCUGGUAUCCGAGUCCAUGUCAGAGAAGGAUUCCAUGACCGAACGGGAACGGGAGGAUGGAAGUCUGGUCGAGGGUAGUUCUGACGGCGUUCAUUACCUUGGGGGAUUGGGACUCAAGUUCAAGUUUCCUGGAGAUCCAAAGAAACUACGGGAGACGUCCAAGAUCAAGAUGUGGACCAAGUAUUUGAAGACUCACGGACGCAACCUCACGCUUCUACGAUAUCCUCAAUACACCCGGCUUGUACAAGUCGGCCUUCCGAACCGCCUUCGUGGAGAGAUGUGGGAGGUAUUGUCCGGCUCAAUUUAUCUUCGCUUCGCCAACCCUGGAUACUACCAACGUCUUCUUGAAGAAAACAAGGGCCGCACAACAACGAGUACCGAAGAUAUUGAGAAGGACCUCCAUCGCAGUUUGCCCGAAUACUCUGGUUAUCAAAGUGAGGAAGGUAUCUCUGCCUUGAGGAACGUCCUGCAGGCCUAUUCGUUCAAGAACCCUGAGCUGGGCUAUUGUCAAGCCAUGAACAUCCUUGCGGCUGCUAUCCUGAUAUACAUGUCAGAAGAGCAGGCCUUCUGGCUCCUCGAGGUGCUGUGUGACCGACUACUACCCGGUUAUUACGCACCUUCCAUGCAUGGAACGAUGUUGGAUCAGCGGGUGUUUGAGUCGCUCGUGCAACGGUGUCUUCCCAUAAUUCACGAACACUUCCAACUGGUAGAUGUCCAACUUUCUGUCGCUUCAUUACCAUGGUUCCUCAGCUUGUUCAUCAACAGUAUGCCCAUGGUCUUUGCCUUCCGAAUCGUGGACUGCUUCUUCUGUAUGGGGCCCAAAGUACUAUUCCAAGUUGGGUUCACUGAUCUCCCACCCAGGCUUGCCAUUUUGAAAAUCAAUGGCGAGAAGCUCCUCCAAAUAACAGAUGACGGCGGUUUCUUGAAUCUCAUGCGGGAUUACUUCGCUUCCCUGGGAGAGUCCGCCCAUCCAACCUCAGAGGACCCUCGUGCCCGAGCAAUCACGAACUUCCAAGAGCUCCUCCUCGUCUCCUUCCGAGAAUUCUCGGUGAUUACGGACGAGACAAUCCAAUCUGAACGCAGGCGUUAUCGUAGCGAAAUCAUCCACAGCAUCGAAUCUUUCUCCAAACGCUCGGCCAUCCGCAACCUAAAGAGCUUCGGUCGUUUCUCGAAGGAGCAAGUUGGAUUCAUUUAUGAUGCGCUAUACAAAGCAAUGUGUCUUGUCCCUCCACCGCCAGCCGCAGCACCACCGCCUACGCUCUUUACCACUGGUGAAGGCAAUGAGGCUAAACCCGAGACUAGAAUCGAACUUCGGACAUUCCGGCAAUUCUUGAGUGAGAUUGCCACAUGGGCGAGAGAUGAGAAGAUUGUUAUGAACGGGUUCCAGCCGAGCACGAGUUCAUUGACCGGUUGUUCUUUUUCUGGGACACUUCGUGUCGAGGCGGGCUUUCUUUCCAGGCGAGUAGUUGUUUCUUCGACUCCUAUUCGCACCAGAGGGGCUGAUGCUUUCUUUCAGGAUCUCGUUUCUGGGCUGGAUGGCGUCAUGUUCAAUGACUUGAUGGAGAAUAUCGAAUGGUUCUUCAAUCUGCAUGACAAGAACAAGGAUGGCUACUUGACGAAGGACGAGGUCCUUACCCUGUCAGAAUCAUUACUGUUCAUCUUCAGGUUUGAGGUCGGCGACGCCUACUUGGGCGCGGUCAGCAGGUUUAUGAGUAACGCUUUUGAGUACGGCGAUGCGCUCCUACCACGGCCCGAGAACUGGGAUUCGGAUGACCCACCACACAUCGAGUCCAAUCAACCCUACCUCAACCUUGCGACAUUCCGUAUGGUGGUGCUGGCAGAUGAGGUCCUCGAGUCGUUUUUCGAAACCGAUUUCUCUGGGUCAUUCAAGCUGGUCCCCCUCCCCGAAAUGGAACUGCCCAUUUCAAGCAGCGGUCUUCUGGGCGACCUAUGGUCGUCUAUUGCCACAGAUACCAAUAAGAAGAUGUUUAACAUGUUCACUGACGAACUGGGCAAGACUAUCGGCAAACACCAGGUCAUCCACAAACCAUCCAUUGGUCGAUACACCAAGCUGGAUGAACCCAAAGCCCGUGAAUCGCUGCUCACCCCAUCGAUGCGCAAGUCUGCAUCCAAGUCGAGUCUCAGAUCUACAUCCGAGUCGUCCCCUACAGCAUCGACGUCGACGACAGCCAACGCACCUUCUCAUCCGUCCCUGGCGGUCAACAUCCCCACUGCCUCACAGACCAAGAACUUGCCCAACGUUCCCGAGAGCGGUAGCCUAUCGGCGAUGCCAAUGCUCAAGGUUGCACAGCAUGCUGCGAUGAUGGAGAGGACGCCGUUUGCUAUUGAUAACGCUGAGGAUGAUGAGGAUGAAGAUAGUGAUGACUACGGUCUUGGAUGA